CUCACUGCCACUGGAAGUUCCUGAGGCCAGAAACAAAGCGACUCUCCAAAUGGACGGUUUUUAUUCCUUCCUGACCCAGUUUCAUCCACCGACGCUGCUGGAUGCCAACACUACCCAGUUUCAGCGUCUCCCUCCUGGCUCCCCACGGACAGAGCCCCGAGCCAGCUGCAGGGGACUGAGAGCCACCUCGGUGGAGCGGGCUGGGGGGCGCUGCCCAUCUCAAGGCCUGUCCCCAGGACGUGCCGUAGCCGUCCCCGCCCGCCAUGGCUAGAUGAUCCCGGCCCCACGCCAUGCUGCAGUCCCGCGGCCGGUACCUGCUGCUCCUGCUGGGGGUGCAGCUGGUGGUGAUGGCGUUGCUGUACCAUGAGGGCUACCGCCGGCGGGUCGCCUACUUCCUGGGCAUCUUCUACAAAGGGGGGGCCCCGACCGGGCUGGGGGGACCCCAGGGCGCCGCCCACAACGCCUCGCUGCCCGGCGACGUCUACGCCAACCUCAGCCUCAUCGCCCGGCCCCCGCUGCGUCCCGAGGAACUGCCCUACUGCCCUGAGACCUCCCCAUUCCUAGGGGGGCCGAUCCGGGUGACCUUCCCCCCGGGACUGACCCUGGAGCAGAUUGUGCGCAAGAACCCCUACGUGACAGCCGGGGGCAGGUACCAGCCCCCCGACUGCGACCCCCUGCACCGCACGGCCGUCAUCAUCCCCCACCGCAACCGGGAGCAGCACCUGCGCUACCUCCUCUACUUCCUGCACCCCUUCCUGCAGCGCCAGCAACUCAGCUACGGCAUCUACAUCAUCCAGCAGGCAGGGAACUACACCUUUAACCGGGCCAAGCUGCUGAACGUGGGGUUCAAGGAGGCGAUGAAGGAUGAGGACUGGGACUGCAUGUUCUUCCAUGAUGUUGACCUCAUCCCCGAGGACGACCGCAACCUGUACACCUGCGACCGCUUCCCCAAGCACGCCUCCGUCGCCAUGGACAAAUUCGGAUACAAGUUGCCCUACAAGACCUACUUCGGGGGAGUGUCGGCUUUGACCCCGGAGCAGUACAUGAAGAUGAACGGUUUCCCCAACAACUACUGGGGCUGGGGGGGCGAAGACGAUGACAUUGCUGUGAGGGUGGCGCUGAGCGGGAUGCUAAUCUCCCGGCCCUCCGUCCAGCAUGGCCGCUACCGCAUGAUCAAACACGGCCACGACAAGGGCAACGAGCAGAACCCCAGGAGGUUUAACCUGCUGGCCAAGACGCGUCGGACCUGGCGCCAGGAUGGCAUGAACACGCUGGACUACCAGCUGCUGGCCAAGGAGCUCCAGCCCCUCUACACCAACAUCACCGUCGCCAUCGGCACCGAGAAGGGCCUGCGCCGCCCCACGUGACCUCCCCGCUGGCAGGGGGGCUGGGACUUGGGGGGGCAUGGCUGGACCCCCCGAUCCACCCUGGACUGAGCAACCAAAGAUGCCCAGCUGGAGGGGGUGGGGUCUUGGGCUGGUGCUGCUGGGGGGGGGGG